GACUUGAUGUUUAUUCCUCCUGUGUGUGUGUGUGUGUGUGUUUUAAUUUAAAUAAAACCUGAGCGAUUAAACUGAAAUGAACCUGCAUCGACUGUUAAACUGAAAGUCAUGAUCUUUUUCUUGAUAUGAAGCUACAACAUGGAGGGUUAAACCAGUAUUCCUGGGAUUUUUUUUGCCCCCCCCUUGUAGCGCGGUUGGUUUGGUCCAGCUCGGAGGCGGGUGCGCGCAUUGGCGUCGGGAGCGCGCGGAGUUCGCAUGACUGUGAUGUGUGCAGAGACUGAGUCGAACCCAGGAGCAGCUCAUCUACAGAGGUGUUGAUGUGUGCUGGACGCUGUCCACUGGAACGAGUCCAUGCUGACGCUCGGCUGUUGACUCCCAGUUUUGUGCUAAAGGUGUGGUUGUCAUGGUAACCAUGCCUGCGAUGUCUGUUUAUUCUCCCGGACCUUUCAUCGUCCUUCUCUCCCUCUCCCUUUAUCCACUCCUUACAUCCCAGCAUUCCCUGACCUCUGACCCUGACCUCGCCACUUCUCAUGCUAAACAGUGCAGCAUGAAACUACAUCCUGUUACGUCCUAUGAAGCUCUCAGUGUAUGGCUCUCAUCCUUCUCUAUGCCUGGUGUGAGUGAUUACUCUCAGCUCGCUUUAGACCUCAGCAGGAACCAGCUGAUCGUUGGAGCCAGGAACUACCUGUUCAGACUGAGUUUGGCUAAUGUUUCUCUACUUCAGGGAAUGGAGUGUGGUGUGGACGAAGACACACGCAGAUCUUGUCGGAGUAAAGGGAAGACAGAGGAUGAGUGCCAGAACUACAUGCGUGUCCUCCUCCUGACCGGUUCUCGUCUCUUCUCCUGUGGCACUAACGCAUUCUCACCCGUCUGCACCACCCGCUCUGCAUCCGACCUCUCCCAUGUAACCGAGACGGUGAACGGGGUCGCCCGCUGUCCUUACGACCCCAAACACAAUUCCACCGCCAUGGUAACGGAAAGCGGUGACCUCUAUGCUGCAACAGUCAUUGAUUUUUCUGGACGUGACCCUGUGAUCUACCGCAGCCUGGGGAGUAUGCCUCCUCUCCGCACAGCUCAGUACAACUCCAAAUGGCUGAACGAGCCUCAGUUCGUCUCAGCGUACGAGGUAGGUCGCUUCACCUACUUCUUCCUGCGGGAAGUGGCGGUGGAGGAGGAUUGUGGAAAGGCGGUGUUCUCUCGGGUGGCGCGGGUGUGUCAGAACGACGUAGGCGGUCGGUUUCUUCUUGAGGACACAUGGACGACGUUCAUGAAGGCCAGAUUGAACUGCUCACGUUCAGGAGACGUGCCUUUCUACUACCACGAGCUCCACAGCACCUUCUACCUGCCUGAGCAAGACCUCAUCUACGGCGUCUUCACCACCAACAUUAACAGCAUUGCUGCCUCUGCAGUGUGUGCCUUCAACCUCAGUGCCAUCACCCAGGCCUUCAGUGGUCCGUUCCGCUUCCAGGAGAACCCUCGAAUGAGCUGGCUCUCCACCCCGAACCCCAUUCCCAACUUUCAGUGUGGGACAGUAGGCGACAGCGGCCCUGGUGGGAAUCUAACAGAACGAAGUCUGCAGGAUGCUCAGAGACUCUUUUUGAUGAGUGAAGUUGUACAGCCUGUGUCCAUCGACCCCUUGAUCAGCCAGGACAAUAUCCGCUUUUCCAAACUGGUUGUGGACAUUGUGCAGGGUCGUGACACGCUAUACCAUGUCAUCUACAUCGGGACAGAACAUGGCACCAUUAUCAAGGCGCUCUCCUCAUCCAGUCAAAAUCUGCGUGGAUGUUACCUUGAGGAGAUGAAGCUUCUUCCAGGAAAUCAGCAGGAACCAAUCCUUAACCUGCAGAUCCUGCAGAGCGACAGGUCCCUAUUUGUGGGUUUGAGCAGCAGAGUUCUGAAGAUCCCAUUGGAGAGAUGCUCCAGCUAUGAAACCCAAUGGGAAUGCUUGUACGCUAGGGAUCCAUAUUGUGGUUGGGACAGGAAACAGAGACGCUGCACUACGAUUGAAGCCAGCUCCAACAUGAGCCAGUGGAGCCAGAACAUCACACAGUGUCCUGAGCAAAAUCUUACCCGAGAUGGCGGCUUCAGCCCGUGGUCGUCAUGGCAGUCAUGUAACCAUGAUGACGGAGGUGAAAGUUCAAGCACCUGUCUGUGUCACUCUCGUGUGUGUGAUCACCCGGUCCCUCAGUGUGGGGGGGCUGAGUGUGUGGGGCCCACGAUGGAGGUGACCAACUGCUCCAGAAGUGGAGGUUGGACUCCCUGGUCCUCCUGGUCUCCGUGCAGCACCAGCUGUGGUGUUGGGUUCGAGGUUCGUCAGCGUUCAUGCAGUAACCCCACCCCCCAACACGGAGGGAGAGUGUGUGUAGGCCAGACGCGAGAGGAGCGGUUGUGUAAUGAGGAGUCUGUGUGUCCUGUGCCCGUGUCCUGGGCUCAGUGGACCUCCUGGUCUACAUGCACAGCAGUGUGUGGUGGCGGUUUCCAGUCCCGAGUCCGAACCUGUGAGAACGGAAACUCCUGCCCUGGGUGUCCUCAGGAGUACAGGUCGUGCAAUUUGGACGCAUGUCCCGAGGUACGUCGAUUCACACCCUGGUCUCCAUGGUACCCUGUGAACAUGACAGUGGGCGGAGUCAGACAGGAGCAGCGUGUGAGACACACCUGUCGAGCGCCGCUGGCUGACACACACCUCCUCCAGCUGGGCAAACGCAAAGCAGAGACCCGUCACUGCCCGCCUGAUGGUGGAGCGCCGGGGUGUGAGGCUGACGAUCUGUUACAAGACAUAGUAACCCAACCUUUGAACCCAGUGCAGGGGGUCACCUGGUUGCCAUGGGAGACGUGGUCUUCAUGUUCCAAAGAGUGCUCGAGAGGGUUUCGAACACGUAAGCGCUUGUGUGUCAGUCCUGACGGCAAAAGUUCGGCGUUCCUGUGCAGUGGAACACCGGUGGAGUAUCAGGACUGUAACGCACAGCCGUGCCCAGUGAAGGGGGCGUGGUCAUGCUGGUCUUCCUGGACUGAAUGUUCUACUUCCUGUGGAGGCGGGCAUUACCAACGCACUCGGACCUGCUCAAACCCCGCCCCGUCCCACUCAGGGGACAUCUGCAUCGGCCUGCGCACUGAGGAGGCUCUGUGCAACAUGCACGAGUGUGAUGGUGGUUGGGGGUUGUGGUCAGAAUGGACCGAGUGUGAGGAUGGGCUUCAGUACCGCACUCGAGUGUGUGCGAUAAGCCCCGCCCCCUGUAAAGGGAACCACACGGAUCAGAGACUGUGUCCUCCAAAAGAGAGUGCCAUCGGCUCACCAGGAGGGAAGAAAGGGUUAAACUGUGGAGGUUUCUCCCUGUUCCACCUGAUCCUGACAGGUGGCGUCUCCUUCCUGGUAGCGUUGCUGGGAUCCAUUCUCGUUUACGUGUUCUUUCAGAAGGUCUAUAAACCCAUCCAGGAGCCUGCAGUGAUCCAUCCUAACACCCCCAACCACCUUCACCACAAACACAACACCAGCACGCCGAAGAACGAGAAGUAUACUCCCAUGGAGUUUAAGACACUGAACAAGAACAACUUGCUGCCGGAUGAGAGUUGUAACUUCUACCCUCCUCCUCCGCCGCAGACGAACGUCUACACCACCACGUACUACGCUCCUCCACUGGGCAAAUACGACUUCCCGUCUUUAGACUCGCCCUGCAGGAACUACAUGCACAGCUGAACCCAGACUCUCACCUUCUGAACCGUAUGUUAUCGCAGGCGCGGCGAUGCAGCGUUAGCCGUGAGUCGACGGAGUGUGUGGAGGUUCAAAAGACACGUUCUUCUUCUUAAAACUGGAAGGAAAAGAUAACAAGGAUGAGGAUGUGUACUGGGUGCUUUACCUUGUUUUGGACGUUUAGGGCUCAAAUUCGUGGAUGAAUGAUGGUCCAAAAGGCAUGAACACACCAGCAUGUGACUACAAUAUGGAAACUUGUCCAAAUGCAUCUGAACCAAGACACUCUUGGGCAGGAUACACAGAUCUUUCAGUCUUCCACAAAGACCUUAGGAUAGAAAGUUCUGGUAUUCCAGUCCACAUUUUGCUCUCAAACUGAAUAUAUGACUUGGGAUCCGGCAUGGUGUUCACACUAGACUGUGCUGUUUUAUUACUUACAGUACCAUUGUCCCUCUGAGCACCAACAAUUGAUCCAUUUACGCUUUGCCAUUUACGUGCAAUCGCGUCACAUUUAAUACGUGAAUUUAUAAAGAUGCCGUGAUAAAGUAAGCAGCUGUACACUUUUUUAAAAUAAACUCACAACUACAUCCACUACUGUACCUAAACGUGAACAUCACUGGGGUCUAAUGUAGCUUUUAGUGCUAAAAGGAGCCUCAGGAUGGACAUAUGAUUCACACUUUACACACAAACAGACACACAAUUGUUUUUUUUUAAACAUUCUUUUUUUAUUAAACAACAAAGCAGUGUUGUUAGCUCACACUCACACGUCAUACAUCCUACUGAAGAUAUAGUGCAACUUAGUAUGGAACACACACACACACACACACACACACCAAAAAGUAUGGUAUAUUACAGUAUGUGUGUAUAAAAAUGAGUGAGUGUGUAUGGGCGUCUGUGUGAUUGUGAUUUCUGUGUGUAUUAAAUUAUUGUAUAUACACAGUAGGAGCCCAGAAACCAAACUGAUAUUAAAUGUGUUACAGUAAAACAAGUGUGUUAUUACAAUGUAACUAACAGUGUAACGACACUGUAAUAAACAUUGUAUUAAUUAGGGGGUCAUCGAUACCAACACUGAUACCAUACACGUACAUGCUCAUACUUGACAAAAAUAGUGCUCUGGUACUAACACCUGAUGGCACAUGAUAGUAUGUGAUGUAAGGCAAGUGUAUGUUGUUAUGAGGACUUUUAAAAAACGUAACCUGAUAAAACAUCUUAAACAUAAAAGUCAGCACGAGAAGUUCAUCACUAGCAUGACAUGCUGGCUAGGUGAGAGAAAAUCUCAACAGGUGACGCUAGGCGAGUGAAAAUAACACUGACAAUCCACUGCAAAGUAGCUAAUGUAGCUAGCUAAUGCACUUCAUUUAUAAACAAUUAGCUAAUGUUAUGAAGGACGGGUCUAUAGUAGGCUAAGUGCAUGAAUACACACAUGGGCCAAUAUUUCAACCAGACGAAUAUAAACAAGCAUAUAUAUGUCACUGACUGAGUAAUACUAAGUAGGCUACUCAUUUUGGUAUCAGUAUUGGUAUCUGUAUC